ACACAUUUUCGUUUUUGGAUGCAGAUAUUCAUCGGAUUCGCUGCGUGGGAGAACCUGAUCGACGUCGCCCAUGCGCAGGUGCUGGCUAUUCCGGCAGCAAAGGUUGGAGGUACCAGCUCGCCCGACCGGUCGACUGAGGACCCGUUCCACUGUGAGGCCACUGAAGCCUUCCUUCAUGCCAGCGAACCAUGCCUCACCGAAGCGCUGUCAUUUCCGGCUGCCAAAUCGACAGACGCAUCAACGCCGGCACGCUUUAAAAGUGCUGGCUAUUCCGGCAGCAAAGGUUGGAGGUACCAGCUCGCCCGACCGGUCGACUGAGGACCCGUUCCACUGUGAGGCCACUGAAGCCUUCCUUCAUGCCAGCGAACCAUGCCUCACCGAAGCGCUGUCAUUUCCGGCUGCCAAAUCGACAGACGCAUCAACGCCGGCACGCUUUAAAAGUAGCUGGAAUGGCUGGCGCCACUUCAGUGGGAAUGGAAGCACUGCAGCCGCCAACAUGCUUCAAACACAUUUUCGUUUUUGGAUGCAGGUGAGAACAGCACCUCAACUUUUCUGUAAAAAGUCAAACAAUGUUUGGCUGCUAGUGCUUCCAUGCCCACAAGUAUUGUUCCAAUUAGCAUGUGAAUGUGUUCUUGUUUCCAAGUUGUUAUUUAUGUCCGGCAACGUAGAGCUAAACCCUGGACCCCCUAAAGAAGAUCCUAGCCUGUUUAACAAGGAGUUGCUACAGCUAGUUAAAUCGCUACACGACAAAUUUGAUUCUAAACACGAAGAAGUAAUGACUGCCUUGAGUGAAGUCAAAGAGGCCCAGUAUUCAAUGGAGCAACGAAUAGCCGAUAUCGACAACAGGCUCUCGGCAGUUGAACAAUGCAUUCGAACAUCUGAAGGCCAACAGGGUGAAAGCCUCGUGCCGCAAGUGGUCGUAUUGAACCAACGGCUCAACGAGUUUGAAGACCGUUCACGUCGCGAAAACUUAAUAUUUCAUGGGGUAGCAGAUAGCGCUGCGGAAACUUGGGCGCAGUCAGAAGAAAAAAUUUGCUCGGUUUUAAAUUCAGCAUUAGGCAUGAACCUAAAUAAAAGUGACGACCGCAUUUCCAGAGCACACAGACUUGGCCGUUUUAUCCCCAACAAGUCCAGGCCAAUUAUUGUCAGAUUUUUAUCGUCUAAGCUAAGGGAAACGAUUCUUUCUUCUAAAAGUAAGCUAAAGACAACUGGUGUUUCCGUAAGUGAAGAUUUUUGUAAGGCAACUAGAGCGGUCAGAACUAAACUGUACGACUUUGGCAAAGAAAGCGGUCAAUUUUUCACGGUGAAAUACAACAAGCUAUAUAUCAACAAAAAAUGUUAUAUUUACUCUCCUGAAAACGACAGUGUCUGUGAACUUCAUUUGGGCAAUGUUCCCUGCACUGUUGAAUUAUCGUCCACUGCUACUAAUCACCAUUCUGACGCAUCUUUUUCUUAACAGAAAUUAGGCACCGGCCACGCAGCCAACCUUGUCGUGAUUUCUCUUUUUUAUUAUCGAAUGUGCGAAGUGCAGUUAAUAAACGUGACGCUCUAGCAUCUAUUUUCGAUUCAUGUGCCGCUGACGUGGUUGUAUUGACGGAGACUUGGUUGACCGAUAAAAUUCUUAGCGAAGAGCUGUUCCACUGUGACAAGAAUUACGUUGUUCACCGUCAUGACCGCAACCUAAAAUCAGGCGGUGGUGUUUUAAUUGCCGUCGCCGACAAUAUAGUGUCUUAUAGGAUUCCACUUGCGUCAUCUUUAGAAUUGGUUUGUGUGCGUAUUGUCAUAAACCACCAAAACACAUUGCUUUGUGCGUGUUAUCGGCCGCCAAGCGCACCAUCUACUUUUUGCGAUGAACUGCAUGACACUUUGAAUUUUCUUGUCUCAAAAUUUCCACAUUCACCGUUAUUCCUUUUAGGCGAUUUUAAUUUCCCCAGAAUAAGGUGGACUUCGGUAUCGCCAUUUGUUGUCGGUACGUCCACAGAAAGUCAAUCUUUCCUUAACUUGUGCCUGAACUUUAAUCUUACGCAACUUGUUUCUACGCCAACUAGAGCUGGCACUACUUCAUCUAACACUCUAGACUUGAUCCUUGUCACUGAACCAAACUUAGUACAUUCUUUAACCUGUUUCCCAGGACUAAGCGAUCACUGUUUUUUGCAUUUUUUUGUAACAGGCCCCGUUAGAUGUGAGAAGAACAAUGCAAAAUUUAUUAGAGAUUAUGCGAGCGGGGAUUACACUGCAAUUAAUAAUGAGCUUGCAGUAUUCAUUGAUGGCUGUAUACCAGAAUUUUUCAGCCGUACCGUGGAAGAAAACUGGAACUUGUUUAAAAACAAAGCCACGUCCCUUGUCGCUAAAUAUGUGCCAUUGCGCAGACUUUCCGGAAAGAAACGCUCUCCCUGGUUUUCCACGAAACUAACAAGACUGUCAAACAAGAAAAAACGCCUUUUCCGUAUUGCAAAACGCAGUCGAACAUCUACUCGUUGGAGUGAUUAUUCUAGUGCGCUGCAUGCUUAUCGUACCGCAUUAAAAGAAGCGAAGGAUGUUUUUUUUAAUACCUAUCUACCUUCACUCCUUUCUACAAAUCCGUCAAAAUUUUGGAGCACUGUUCAAAUAAACAAGAAAAAUAUCAUAUCUCUUACAGAUACGAAUGGUAACACCAUGAGCAAUGCAGAAUGUUGCAAUGUCCUAAAUGACACUUUCGCGAAAUCUUUUUCUAUUUGCUGUGUUGAUACAGUGCCGCACAUGCGCAAAGAAGAUUUUUUUCCCAUGGAUCCACUUGUUGUCAAUUUUGGGGGGAUUUUGAAGUUAAUUGAAGAUUUAAAACUAUCGUCUUCCUGUGGUGCCGACGAAAUUAAUUCUAAAUUUUUGAGGAAUACUGCUGUCUACUCCUCUAUAUUUUUUAUGUAUCUUUUCACCCAAUCUAUUGAGUGCUCAACUUUGCCCGCAGACUGGAAGGUGGGGAAGGUGGUCCCUCUGUUGAAAUCAGGUAACCCGCAUUCUCCUCUCAAUUACAGACCCAUUUCACUUACCAGCGUGCCUUGCAAAAUCCUUGAACACGUAAUAUUUUCCAAUCUUGUCUCAUUUCUUGAAUCCAACUCUUUCUUCACUUCAUCUCAGCAUGGCUUUCGCAAAAACUACUCCUGCGAAACACAACUAAUAUCGUUUAUACAUAACAUUUCUUCCUCUUUAGACAAAGACCAAGUCAUUGACUGUAUCUUUCUAGAUUUUGCGAAAGCGUUUGACAAGGUGUGUCAUCACUUACUGCUUCUUAAACUUAGUACUCUUAAUAUUGACCCUAAUAUUCUGAAAUGGAUAGAAUGUUUUCUCAACAACCGUACCCAGUUUGUAACAGCUAACAAUUCCAAAUCCCCGCGCUGCGCCGUGAAGUCAGGUGUUCCUCAAGGCUCCGUCUUGGGGCCGUUAUUAUUCCUAAUUUAUAUAAACGACUUACCUGCCGUAGUUAAUAGUUCUAUUAAACUUUUUGCCGACGAUUGCGUUCUAUACCGUGAAAUAACUAAUCAGCAUGAUAACUUUAUUCUUCAGAAAGAUCUAGAUAACAUUUCAAGGUGGUGCUCACAAUGGCUAAUGUUCUUAAAUCCGACUAAAUGCAAAAUUAUGUCUGUCUCACGUCGCUCGAACUCACCAACUCCUUUCGGCUAUAUUAUCAAUGAAACUAACCUUGAGCACGUGACUUCCUAUAAAUAUCUUGGAAUCCAGCUAAACAGUAAUCUUUCAUGGCAUGCGCACAUCGAACAUAUCACGAACAAUGCAAACAGAUCUCUUGGCUACAUUCGCAGGAAUUUCUCAAAAGCCCCACCCCAUUUGAAGUUACUGCUCUAUAAAACACUAAUUAGACCGAAGCUAGAAUACGCGUCAUCUGUGUGGGACCCUGGUCAAAAAACACUAGCAGAUAACAUUGAGUCAGUUCAGAACAGGUCAGCACGAUUCAUCCUUUCUAAUUAUUCCCGCACAUCUAGCGUUUCUUUAAUGAAGUCGAACCUUGGCCUUAUUAACCUGCACAUUCGAAGAAAAAUUUCCAGUCUCUGCCUUUUUCAAAAAAUCUUUUACCAAAACAGCUCGCUUAAACAAGACUUAAUUUCAGAGCCUUCGUACAUGUCGUCGCGUCUUGAUCAUCGGUUUAAAGUGUUCAUUCCUUUCUGUCGCACAAAUGUUUUCUCUGACUCAUUUCUGCCGAAAACCAGUGCCGAGUGGAACCGCCUUCCCCCCUCCAUCGCCUGCAUCGAGGAGGCAUCAUCUUUCAAGACUGCAAUAACUGAUCAUCUUUUGAA